AUGGCUUCAACCUCCAACUCCAUCUCGCCACCUUCUUCACCACCACCACCACCGCCACCACCUCCGCCACAAGCCUCCCUCCGUAAUCCAUUCCCAUCGGAACUACUACCACCAACACGCGACUUCUUAGAAGAAAGACCACACAAAAGAAGACGCAUUAAACAAUCCCAAAAGAAAUCACUCAUCAACAACUUCGAACUUCAACCACAUGUCACAAAGAUUCUCCGAUCCAACGACUUCUCUUCUCUUCUCGAAACAAUCCAAAUCUUCAUCCAAUCCAAGGAUCCUUCAUUCCAAACCGUUUUCAAAUCCCUCGCUCAUCAUUACCCUAACGCAUUCGCUUUCAAGCUCGCGAAACUUCUAGAAACUCACCCUAAACUCGAGAUCCGAAACGAAGCUGUUUCGAUUCUUCUUCACAUUUUCAAAAAAUCUGAUAAAUGGAAUCCUAGUAUGCUUAAUCAACUCAAAGAACCUCUUAUUAAUUCGCUCAAGAAAGAAUAUAGUGAAUCUCUUUUUCAACCUCUCUGUGAAACGAUCGGUCUUUGUGCUGCUAGGGUUUAUCAGUAUCCAUAUCUCGGCGGUUGGAUUAAGCUUCUCCAGUAUGUUUGUGAUUGUUUCUCCGGCGGAAAUGUAAGACUUAUGAAAGGAUUAAUAAUGUUAGCGGAAUUUCCGGAAGAAGUGGUUGAAAAUAGAGAAUUUUGGUUAGAUCAAGGGAAUUUUGAUGCUGUGUAUUCGGAUUUAUUGAAGUUUGCUUACUCGCAGAAGGAAGAUUUGCAGGAGUUAACGUUUAAUGCGUCGUUGACAGUUAUGAAAAUGUCGAAGGAUUUAGAGAGAACUGAAGUUUGUGAUUCUUUGUUACCGAUUUUGCUGGGUUUUAUCGAUCUUCAAGAUGGAGAAGACAAGGAUUUGCCGGAUAUGCUUAAGCAAUUAGAGAAUUUGGUAACGCUGGAUAUCGAAACAAUUUUUUAUGGUAAAGAAGGUGAUGUGUUUUGGUGUAUGAUUCGUGUGGCGGAGAUGGAAGAUGCGAGCGAGGAGUUAAGGUCUGCAGCUGUUACUGUUAUUAAGGAGCUUGAUGAAGCGAAUUCGGAUGGGAUGGAGAGUGUGGUAAAGAAAUUUUCUCCGGAGGAAGUGAAGAGAGUAUUUUCUGUUAUUAUAGAUAUGAUGUCACAUGUUGUGGAUGAUCCUGUUUGGUAUGAUGUUGAUGAUAAGAAUUGUAAAGAUGUUGGGUUGAUAGAGGAUUAUAACCGGGGAAAGUUUUUGCUGAAUUUACUUUCUUUUGAUGGAGAUGAGCGUGUUUUUGUUCCCAUUGCAAUUGAGAUGAUAGAAAGUAAAUAUGCAGUUCAUUCAGAUUGGCGGGUGCGUUAUGCAGCAAUGCUUGCCAUAGAUGCAAUUGCAGAUAAAAACUUCAAAGGGGAAAUGAUUUCGUACAUUCAUCAAGCCCUUACCCUUGUCCAUAAAUCGCUUAAUGAUAUGAAUCCCCGAGUACUUUGGGCUACUAUGCAUGCAAUUAAGUGUUUGAGUGAAUACAAGGAAAUAUUAAAGGAUUCUCAAUUUCACCUCAAGUUUUUGGCUAAACUAAUUUCCAUCAUUAAAGUUAGCCUUCGUCCGCGUGUACAGUUUAUGUAUUCUGAACAAAGGAGAAUUUCGCAACUAAAUGUGAAAGCAGAACAUGUUUUAUAUGCACAAGCUGUUAUCGCCAUUCGUUUCUUGGUUACAAAUUGCGGUUUAGAGAAAAUAUUUUCUGUUGGGGAAGAAAUUAUAGUAUUAUUGCUUAAACUUCUAAAGCAUGAAAAGCAGAAGUUACAAGAAGAAGCUCUAGAAACUCUAAAACCAGUUGCAGUUCUAAUGCCGGCAAUUGUUUAUCAAAAUCAUUACGAUACAACAAUGGCAGCAUUGCAAGUUUUGUUUGAUAACUGUAAUUCACCCAAAUUGCUUCUGAUCCGUUCCAAAUGUCUAGAGUGCGUGUGCACUCUUGUUAAGAAUUGUGGGCGAGACAAAAUCAAAGAAAAUGAAGUUGAUGCGAUUUUGGAAGCUCUGAUAUCAAUUGAAGGAAACUUGAGCAAUACAGACCACUUGACAAGUUAUGUCAUCUUAAAGGUAUAUUUGAAAUCAAUGGUAGAUCAUUUAUCUCCUUUAUAUGGCAAUUCUGGUUUGAAGGCUGUAAUCCUAAAUAAAUGA